CCACAGGGUGUCGAUCGUGAGCGAGGCUGGGCAGGGCACCCUGACAAUCCGGGACGUGAAGGAGGCUGAUCAAGGUGCCUACACCUGCGAGGCCAUCAACACCCUGGGCAUGGUGUUUGGCAUCCCUGACAGCAUCCUCACCGUCACCCGCCCCGGGCCGUGUCCCGAGGGCCACUUCCAGGUGACAGGGACAUCCCGCUGCCUGCCCUGCUUCUGCUUUGGUGUCACCACCUCCUGCCGUGCCACCACCCGGCACCGCCACCGCCUCCACCUGCGCUUCAACCGCCCCGACGACUUCAAGGGUGUCAAUGUGACAGUGCCAGCAGCGCCAUCAGCACCGGUGCUGUCGGCCACCCAGCUCCACGUGGAUGUGGGCACUGAGGAAUUCCAGCUGCUGGACCUGUCCCGCCGCUUCCUGGCACUGGAUGCAUUCUGGGCACUGCCAGAGCCCUUCCUUGGGG